UUUAAUUUACGGUUGAAGGUGCAAGUUGAUUUUAUUUAUUAACAAUUAUUACCAGUGAACAAUGUGGUCUAAAUCAGUUUUAAUUUUACUUUUCGCAGUGUGCUUUAGUUCGUUUUUUGUUGAAAAUGAGGGAUCUGAUAUGAAAGGUUUGGUUAAAGAAUAUGUUAUUCGACCUAUGAAAAGUUUGUUCGGACAAAAAGAAAUUUCUGAGGAGAGUGUUGAAAAAGAUAAAGAAAGUGGCAGUUUGGAUUUUUUUGGUCGCGAUAUAGUAAGAGAGGCAUCGAAAGUGGUCAAAACAAUCGGGAAAAACAUUAAAGAAUAUGUAUCCAAAAACACCACCGAAGGGCUAGAUUGUGACAAGGAAUUUUCAAAUGGAAUGAUCGAGGAUUUUUUGAAAAAAGUGAAGUUAAUUUAUCCAGGUACCAAAUGGUGCGGCGAUGGUAAUAGUUCUGCAUCUCUCGACGAUUUGGGCAAAUUUUCCGGAGUUGAUAAGUGCUGCAGAGCGCACGAUUUGUGCCCUGAAAACAUAGCUGCAGGUGAAACAAAAGACCACUUAAAAAAUACUGGGCUGUUUACCAGGUCGCAUUGUGACUGUGAUAAGAAAUUCUACGAUUGUUUGAAGGAGGCAGGAGGUUUUGUUGCUACAAGCAUAGGAACGACUUACUUUAAUGUUCUUGGGCCUCAAUGUUUCAAAGAAGAUUAUCCAAUAAUUAAAUGUUUGGACAUCAAAAAGAAAAAGUGCCGUCAAUAUCAAACGGAUACACGUGGAGCGAGGAGGUAUCAAUGGUUCGAUAGUCCAACAUUCUAAAUUCCUAAAUUUAAAUGUACAAUAAAUUAUUUAAAUAAAGAAUAUUUAUUUUUUGAAAA